UACAGUCGCUUAUUUUCAAUACAAACCGAUGUUGAAGUACGUAAAGAAGUAACAAGCGCAGCGCCUAUGGCGGUUGACAGUACGUAGUUUCUUGCUUCAGCAUUUCCAGCUUAGGGCGGACAUGAAAAUCGGGUAUACCAUUUACGACAUAUAUUUAUUUAUAUGAUAUGGUUAUCAGUAUGUUUUUGGUUUGUUUUUAUUAAAUUAUUGAGAUUAUAAUACCAGUGAAAAGUUUGUCCUUUGUUCAAGUAAACGUUUCUAAGGGUGAAUUGAUGGCGUAGCUAAAUAACAUAACUAAGGCCUGAAUAAAUACUUUUAAAAAAAUGUCAGAGUGUACGUUUUCGUCCACUGAAGACAUUAUAAAGUGCGCUGAUUCAUGGAAUUUAGCUAAAGAUGUCGGUCUUUUACAUCAUCUUGAAAAAUUCUCAGAGGAAUUAAUUGGUAAUGCAAGUAAGACUAAGGAAAAACUUAGUUCAUUACUGGAUGAAUUAAAUAACACUCAUGUAAAAUUUAAUGUCAUUCAGAACAGAUUUCAAAGUUUACACAACACUCAGUUUAUUGAAAGCAGAGUGUAUGAGGAUGAUGAGACUCUUCAACCUCAAGAGGGCGUCAAAAAGGACGACAGCCAGAAUUUAACAGAAAACGAUAAACUAAAAACUAUGAAAAAUGUAAUACUAAAGGGUGUCGAAGUGAUUGAUAAAUAUUUUGAUAAAGUAGAAGUUCCAGGUAGCGAUAGCGAGGAUGAAAUAGAUUUUCCACGUUUCAGUUUUAGUUUAAGAGCCAAAGAUCCUUAUUCAGAUAGGCCGCUGCCGUACGUAAUCGGGACCGAAGAAUGGCAUAAAUAUUGGCAUGUUGGCCUUUUAGAAGAAACAUCUAGCGAAAGCGAAUGCGAAAUGGUUUCAAACAAAGAAAGCUGUAGCGAUUCUGAAGAUACUUUACCCGUUUAUAGACCUCAGGUGCUUGGUACAUCAGAAACAAGUUCAGAAAUUGAAUUUAAUAAAAGUCAUAUUCCUUUGCCCACCACCACUUCUGAUGAAAUAAAAAAAGGUUCGGACGUUAUGACGGAGGAUAGUGAUAAGAAUUCGUUUUCUUCGCAGACUCCUAUUGCCAACAGUACCUUCGCCGAUCAAUUGGCUGCAAAAUUAGGAGAUAUUUUUGAUCAUAACAGAAAUAUCGAAGAGCCUGUCGUCAAUACGAGGCCGAUUCAAAAAGUUGCCGCGCCAUAUAAAUACAAAAAUAUGUUUCCCGAGGAACCUCCUCCUCUAGACAACGGUGACGAUGACGAUAUAUUUAAUUCUGCAAAGGUAAAAACAAACGAUCUCUUCGACGAUCUUGACGACAGCAAUUCGUUGUGGUCUAACAAUCCAGUUAAAAUUAAACCUUCUGAUAAUAAAAUCAAUGAAAAUAACAACGUGGAAAUUCAGAAUAAAAUGGUCAAUGAAAAUAGAAAAGAAAAUAUAAACAAUAAUAAGAAAGCUCUUGAUUUAUUCGAUGACGAUGAUGAAGAUAGCGAUGAUAUUUUUAAUACAAAUCCUGUUGUAAACAAUAAAAAGCCGUUGUUGAUCGGACAAAAAAAUAUCACCGUUCCUUUUUUCAGUGGCGAGCCGCCAAAUAUCAAUGCUAAAAAGCCCGUUAUAGGCAGUUCAUCGUCAACUAAAAACGAUAAUUUAAUUAAUAACGAGAAAGAUACAUCGCCUUCAAAUAUCUCCACUAGCGAAAGUGAUCCAACAAAAAAGGAUAAUAAUAAUUUGAAAGAAACGAUUGAUAUAUUCAACGACAACGCGAAUGAUUUAUUUGACGAUGACUUAUUUUCAAAUAUUGAAACAAAGAAAUUUACUUCAAAUUUAUUUAGUACUAUUUCCGACGACGCAAGUUCAAUAGAAAACUCGAAGAGUGAUUUAAAGGAAAACAUUUCGUCAAAUUCGUUAAUCAAUUCUUCCAAUUCUGCUUCGCCUUCGUUGACAAACUCAAAUGAUGCUCAUUUUCCUCCGUCUAUAAUCGAAAGUAAAAGAGAAGUGGCUUUUGAAAAGUCAACUACUUCUAAACCAUCAGCUCUGAGUCUGUUUGAUGACGUGAAUGAUGAUUUUGAUGAUCUAUUUUCGCAAGACGAGUUGAAAUCGAAUAACAUUGACGGUAAAAUUUCUGAGUCCACAGACCAAACCAGUCAAAACGAUAAAAUAAUUUUUAAUGACAUCUGGCCUGGUGAAAUCAAAAACGAUUCAGAACAAUUAUUUUCUAAUGAACCAUUUGUCGAUAACAUUUCCUCGCAUGUAGACGAGAAUAUUACGAGCAAUAUGGAAAAGGAACCAGACAAUAACGAGUUUGACGAAGAACAAAACUCAAAUAUUAAAGACAUUCCGCCGUCGAAAAAUAGUUUGUUUAGCAACUCCCCACCGGAGUUGGAUGAUGACUGGGAUGUGACAUCUGAUAACAAUUUAUUUGAGGACAUGUUUGAAAAAAUGCCCGAAAUACAGCCUUACAAGUUAGGAUUGUUCAUGUCUGACGAACCACCGUCGUUGUUUCCGACCUUAGACAAUCAUCACGACGAAAAUGAACAAGGUAAAAUCGCAGACGUUGAUGAUACACUAUUCAGUGAAGCGGCAGUAAAACGGGAAAUAAGAGAAAAUACGCCGAAAACUAGUAAUUUAAAAAGUUCUGAAGAAGAAACGGUAGAAAGUGUUUCUUCGUUGUCUGGAACCAAUCCUCAAAAAUUACCCGGAAAGCUCAAACAUUCGCUAAAUAUUAAUGUUAAUGCUCUUUUACCAUCCGGCGCCCAAAAAAAGAAAAGUGAAACAUUAAUAAACGUAAUAGAAAGUACUGCAGCUAAUACUCCAAAAUUAAUCGAAAGCGAACAAAAACUAAAACAGGAAGAGGGAAGGGAGGAACAGGAGCACGCCUCGCCUCAAAGGUCUUCUAUUAGUUUUGACGACGAGGUUGAUGCCAAUAUUAAAACCUUGGAUAGUGUUACAAAAAAUCGUGUCAGGGCUCCGGUUCAAAGACGCCCUUCGACGAGAAAGGGACGCCAACAAUAUUUGCUCAACACUGAUUCGAAUUACACGAUCAGUUUGCCUGAAGGAAACGAUACCAAAACUUCCUCAGAUUCAUUACAACGAAAAACUGAAUCAGUAACAACUAGACCAAAAAAAGGUACACUUGAAGAAAUAUCGACGUCCAAAACGGAACGAUUGUUCGGUUCGAGCGAGUCUGAAUCAGAUUCUGAAUUGUUUUCUACAUCGAAACUGAAAAUUAACGAAAAACAAAAAACAGAAAGUGCUCUCGACGAUGGAAGUGACUUUUUUAAAAUCAAAAACGAAACGGAAUUUACUACUGAUAGCGAUGACAUUUUUAAGGUUUCUGAUAGUAUAUCAAUAAAGAGUAGAACUGAAAAGAAAGCGGAGUCUCGGAAAGAUCUCUUUGGUGAGGAUUCAGAUGAUGAUGAUGAUUUAUUUGCCACGUGGAAACCAAAACGUAACGACGGUGCAGAUAAGUCGACGGAAAAAAAUCAAUCAGGUGCAAAGGCAAGAGUAGCAAACCGAAUAAGUAAAAAUUCAAUAAAAAAGUUAGAUAAUGAGGCUAGGCCAGUUUUGGAUGAUCCUUUAAAUUUAUUAGGUGGUAAUUAAUUACAACCGGUAGGUAGGUAAAUAAAAGUUUACGUUUUAUUAUAUU